AUGAUGUCCAUGCAAAUGAGUGAGGCGGACAGUGUGGUGAAGGUGGCAGAAUGGCAGCAGACCUACUACGCCUCAGACUCUGGAAUCCAAUCAGGAGCCACCACAGUCCUGGACGAUGAGAGCAGCACCGAGUACAGCGGCUGUAAGAAGUACAUUGGUAGUACUACCACUGCCCCGGCUACUGCCACCACUGGGGGAGGAGGAGACACAGCAGCUAGUGGACUAGAGAGCCCCACAGAUUUAGACAAUCAGUACUCACUAACCCGGGCUCAGCGUGUCAGAGCCGCCAUGUUCCCUGAGACUCUGGUGGAGGGGGAGGAGGCCAUGCCCGUCCAAUCUGAUCCUUCACAGCAGAGCAACGUGCAACGUCUGGCUGAACCCUCCCAGCUGCUGAAGACGGCUAUAGUUCACCUGAUAAACUACCAGGACGACGCAGAGCUGGCCACCAGGGCGGUACCAGAGCUCACCAAGCUGCUCGCCGACGAAGAUCCGAUUGUGGUGAACAAGGCAGCCAUGAUAGUUAACCAGCUGACCCGCAAGGAGGCCAGUCGACGGGUGCUGGUGCAAUCUCCAGCAAUGGUGGGAGCCGUAGUGCGCGCCAUGACGAUGGCAGUCGACAUUGAGACAGCCCGUUGUACGGCCAGCGUGCUGCACAGCCUGUCACACCAAAAGGAGGGACUGUUGGCGAUAUUCAAGUCUGGAGGGAUACCAGCACUGGUCCGCAUGCUAAGUUCACCAGUAGAAUCAAUCUUAUUCUAUGCCAUCACAACCCUCCACAACCUGCUGCUGCACCAAGAGGGAGCCAAGAUGGCGGUACGUCUUGCUGAUGGCCUGCAGAGGAUUGUUCCCCUACUGAAAAAGAGUAACCCCAAAUUCCUAGCCAUCACCACUGAUUGUCUGCAGCUCUUGUCCUACGGCAACCAGGAGAGCAAGCUGAUCAUCCUAGCCAAUGGGGGCCCAGGUGGUCUGGUGUUCAUCACAAGGAACUAUAACUAUGAGAAGUUGCUGUGGACCACCAGUCGUGUUCUCAAAGUGCUGUCUGUCUGUCCCAGCAACAAGCCAGCAAUAGUAGAGGCUGGUGGUAUGCAGGCUUUGGGCCAACAUCUUACAGGUUCCAGUCAGCGUCUUAUCCAGAACUGUCUGUGGACGCUCCGCAACCUUUCAGAUGCUGCAACCAAACAGGAUGGAUUAGACGGUCUGCUGCAGAUAUUGGUCGCCCAGCUGGGCUCAGACGACGUCAACAUGUUAACGUGCGCAACCGGCAUCCUGUCUAACCUCACCUGUAACAAUUCACGCAACAAGACUCUGGUGACUCAGUAUGGCGGGGUGGAGGCACUGAUCCACGCCGUGCUCCGUGCCGGAGAAAAGGAGGAUGUUGCUGAGCCAGCGGUCUGCGCCCUGCGUCAUCUCACCUCUCGCCACCAGGACUCUGAGCUGGCCCAGAAUGCUGUGCGUCUGCACUACGGUAUCCCAGCUGUCGUCAAGUUGCUGGGGCAGCCGCACUACUGGCCUGUAGUGAAGGCUACAGUUGGUCUGAUCCGGAACCUGGCGCUGUGCCCGGCCAAUCAGGCGCCACUGAGGGAGGCAGGCGCUAUUCCACGAUUGGUCAACCUACUGCUGAAGGCACACCAGGACACACAGAGACAUGCCUCCUCCGCACAGCAGACAUACCAGGAUGGCGUUCGUAUGGAGGAAAUAGUGGAGGGCUGCACGGGAGCACUUCACAUUCUGGCCAGAGACCCCAUGAACAGAGGAGAGAUUGCCAGCAUGCAGACCAUACCACUGUUUGUACAGCUGCUGUACUCGUACGUGGAGAACGUGAAGCGAGUGUCAGCGGGCGUUCUGUGUGAGCUGGCUCUGGACAAACAGUCUGCAGAGCUCAUCGAUGCAGAGGGAGCGUCGGCGCCGCUGAUGGAGCUGCUGCACUCCAACAAUGAGGGAAUAGCCACCUAUGCUGCAGCAGUGCUUUUCCGAAUUUCGGAGGACAAGAGUUCUGACUACAGGAAGAGAGUGUCAGUGGAGCUCACACACUCGCUCUUCAAACAUGACCCUGCUGCCUGGGAAAUGGCCCACACAGCAGUUCCUUUGGAGCAUACAUACCUAGCUGAUGAGCUAGAUGGCUCUUAUGCCCCUUAUGGCUACACUGAUCUGCCUCUGGACCGCCUGCCGCUAGAUCCUGACCUCCACGAGCCCUACAUCCCUGACAUGACCUACGACCCAAGACAGGCCUACCCUGAACCACUCUAA